GUGGGUGGACAGAGUGGAAUCGGUAAUGCUUUCGCCCUCGAUUUGGGACUACCAUUUUCCGGAAAUUGCACUUGAUUUCUAGCCCAUGGUUUAUUUUGGUGUUAUUAUUGUGCAAAUACCAUCACUUGAAGGUUGGAAUGCUGAUACACUUAAGAUCAUAAAAUCUUCUGAGCUACAUUACCUGUGGAUAGAAAUUGACUUUUUAUGUCUUGUUUAGUGACGAUUUGCGUCUCAGAAAUACCAUACGCAUAAAAUAUUAAACAGAGAUUUCACCUAGAGGAUCUCAGGAUGACACUACUUGAACUAAUACCGAUUGGAACGAUUUUGGCACUGCUGACAGAUCAGGUCUUAGAAACAGCUGCAGCUGCAAGGGAUGUUCUUAUAGAGAAGGAGAGCUUCAAGGCUCUGUCAAAGUAUCUCUAUGACAUUGACCCAGUCUUGAAACAGUUGCAGCUUCGGGAACUGAAUGACACACAAGCUGCAAGGAAAGCUUUGGAAUUUCUCAAGGAUGAUGUUAAGAAGGCCAAGGACAUAGUGGAUAAGUAUAAAAACCGUGCACGCUUUUACUUGUUGGUUAGGUGUAGAAACAUAGUGGCAGAAAUACAGGAUGUCACUAGGGAUAUUGGUAGGUCUCUUGCUGCUUUAUCUCUUGCAAGCACUGAAGUACUCUCUGAUAUAUCAGAAAGGGUGAAUAGGCUUCAUGGUGAGAUGCAAAAAGCUGAGUUUGAAGCUUCUCAAGCGCAGCUCAGAAUUGUAGAGAAGUUGGAUCAAGGUCUUUGUGAGAGGAAGAGUGACCAGAGCUUUGCAAAUAACAUGCUAGAAGAAAUAGCUAGAGCUGUAGGUGUGCCUGUUGAGCCAUCCGAAAUACAUGAAGAACUUGCCAGUUUAAAAAAGGAAAAGGAAGUUGCUGCUGCCCGUAAAGAAAGAGCAGAAGAGAUCUUUCUGGAACAGGUCAUUGAACUACUGUCUCGUGCUGACGCUGCUAUUGACCAAGAAGAAAUUGAGCAGCACUAUCGGCGCAGGGUGCAAAGUAUAGAGAACUAUGCAACACAGGAUGUGCACAUUCCACCACUGAAACCAUUCGUGUGCCCUAUAACGGGAAAGGUGAUGGUUGACCCCGUCAGUCUUUGCACUGGAACUGCAUGUGAAAGAACAGCCAUCAAAGACUGGCUUGAAAGUGGACAGACCACAGAUCCUGACACAGGCCAUGUUCUUGAGGAUGUUACCCUAAGAAGCAAUAUUGGUUUGAGGCAGUCAAUUGAAGAGUGGAGAGAACUCAACUAUUGCCUUAAGAUUAGGUCAGCAAAGGGCAAAUUGCAGUCUGGUAACUAUUCAUUGUUUGCAGAUGCUUUUGACCUGCUACAGGAGGUUAUCCAUGAAAAUCCUAUUAGUAAGGAUUGGAUUGCUAUAGAGGGGCUAAUUGAUACCAUUGUGCUGAUGGUAAGAAGCUCUCACAACAAAGAUUUGAAAAGGCAGGCAUUAGUAACAUUAACUGCAAUAAUUGGAGGUCAUUCUAGAAACAAGAAUAGAGUGGUUGAAGCUGGGGGAGUUGAUCACAUAGUUGUCUGCCUUGGACGUGGCUCUGAGAUAUCAAAAGCUGCAAUUAAGUUGCUCUUUGAAUUAUUGCAAGAUGGUUCAAAGUGGAAGGAGUCUACAUGUCGGAAGCUUAAGCAACAAGACACUGCUAUUUUUUUUCUUGUAAUGCUUCUGGACAGUACUGAUAUAGAAUCAGCAGAAAAAGCUGAAAUUAUCUUAUCAAAGCUUUGUGAUGACGAUGACAAUGCCAUUUCACGUGCAGCUGGCUGCAAUUGGUAUAAACCACUAAUUGAUCGUCUCUGUCAUGGUCCAGAACCAUCAAGAAUGUCUAUGGCAAGAUCUCUUGUGGACAUGGAAUUGAUUGAUCAGAAUAUAAAAGUUCUUGGUGAAGAAGGAGCAAUACCUCCCUUAGUGGAUAUGGCAUCAGGAAAUCUAGAAUCGAAAGUUUGGGCUUUCUCUGCUCUGGCUAAGUUGUUGAGUUGUCGGGACAACAAAAGGCUAGUUGCUGCUGCAGGAGGGGUUCCUCUUGUCAUAGAACACAUCUUCUCUUCCCCUGCUCCCACAAUUAUAGCUGCAAAGUGCUCUGAAAUUCUUGAGAGACUCUCUUCAGAUGAUGGCAUAGAAUUUCUUCUAGAUGCUAAUGGGACACGUCUUGAGUUAGGCCCUAUCAUAACCAACUUGAUGGCCAUCCUUCAGAAAUCAAAUUCCUCUCCUACCAUUAGGAAACCAGUUUUACGCUCACUCCUGAGCAUCUGCAAGUCUGAAGAAAUGCUUGCAGAGAAGACAGUUGCUGCGACCAAUGGUGUAUUUUUGGUGCUGCCCUUGCUUGAUGACCCUGAUCAGGAGAUCCGAGGGCUUGCACUUAAGCUCAUCUAUCACUUCUCUCAGCAUGAACCGGACGGUAUAGCAGAUUUCCUCCUGGACAGCAGACUGGAGGCCUUUGUUGGCUUUCUCGAGGGUGACACCUGCAGUGAUGUGCAGGUGGCAGCAGCAGGGUUAAUAGCCUAUCUUCCAAAGUCGGAAGUUGCUCUUACUAAUAGUUUGAGUGAGCUAAAUGUGAUCCCUAUUCUUUUGAACAUGCUGAGGAUAGGAACAGCUGAAGCAAAGGAAACUGUGCUUGGGGCCCUCUUCCGGUUUACAGAUCCUUCUAACAUCAAGAUGCAACAACUGGUGGUAAAUUUGGGAGCUUAUCCAUUGCUUGUGAGCAUCCUGAUGUCUGGAACCACAACAGCCAAGGCAAGAGCAGCAGCCCUGAUUGGUAACCUUUCUUCAAACAGCAGUAGACUUGCUGCAGCACCGGUCUCUGGCUGCUGGUGUUUCUGGGCAUCACCUCCUGCUGUAUGUGAAGUGCAUGGAGGUAUAUGUAAUGUGACAUCUACGUUUUGCCUACUAAAGGCAAACGCUUUGCCAUGGCUGGUAAAUUUGUUGCGGGAGCGUCAAGAUGAUACAACUUAUGAGACCCUUCAAGCGUUGGGGACCCUGGUUCAAGAUGGAUUGUCUCAUAGAGGAGCCAAGAUUUUGCACCAAGCCGGUGCCAUUGAUUUGGUACUGGAUGUAUUGAGCUGGGGUUCAGUUGCUUUGAAAGAGGCUGCUCUUAUCAUCUUGGAGAAGGUAUUUCAGGCCAGGGAGGUCUCUGAUUAUUACUGCACAGUUGCAAGGAUCCCACUUAUCAGUCUGUCCACACGAAGCAGUGAGAAUGGAGAUCUAGGCAGGCUGGCUGCUAGAGUCCUGGCGGAGAUCGAGCGCCAUUCAAAAUCUUGCUCUAUGCCGCUUAUCUAGGAGGAUACAUAAGCCUUUACUUGGUAAAAUGGUAAUCAUUUUUGUAUACUAGAUUGAUUAUUAAAAUUAAAACUAUACCCAUUUCUCUUGUGUAAAUAUCAUGUUGUCGAUUUCAUACUUGUAAGUUAGUCUUAGUUCAAGCCAUAUUUUUUUGGACCUGUCCUGCAGUUGCAUGAAAUUAUUUUGUUGGAUAACACAUUAUAAUGAUCAAAUGCUAGUGCUUGUUGGGAUGUCCUAAUAUAAUCAA